AUGCAGGUGGCACAAAAGAAACAGAGAAUUGAAGAGGAUCUGUCUAGAUCCACAUCUAUUAUGUCUUCCUCUUCGAGUCUACCCAAGGCCACAGGGACAUCCAAAGAGAGUGGAACUUUGAAGAGUCUUUGGAAACCAGUAGAGAAACAACAGGUGGAUGAUGCACUAGCAGAUUUGUUUUACACAAGUGCUAUUCCGUUCAAUGUAGCUAGAAAUCCGCAUUUUCACAAUGCAAUUCAAAAAGUUGCAGAGUUUGGCAAAGGGUACACACCUCCCACUUCUGAGGCUUUCAGGACAAGUCUUUUGGAGAGGUCAAAAGAAAGAGUGACUGAGAAACUAGCUGAGGUCAAAGCCUCUUGGAAGGUAACAGGGGUGGAAAAUGUGGUUCAAGUGGUCACUGAUAGUGCAGCAAAUUGUGUGGGAGCUGGAAAACUGAUUGUUGAGAAAUACCCUCAAAUAUAUUGGAGUCCAUGUGCAACACAUUGUUUGGAUUUGCUGCUUCAUGAUUUGGCUAAGUUUCCAUGGAUAUAUGAAGCAAUUCAUAGAGGGAGAGCACUUGCAAACUUCAUAAGAAAUCAUCGUCUCACAUUGAGUCUUUAUAGGCAACAUGCAUCUAGGGAGUUGUUGCGGCCUUGUGACACAAGAUUUGCUUCAUUUUAUAUCACUUUGAAGAGAGUUGUUGAAGAGAAAGCAGCUUUGAGAUCUGUUGUUUGUUCCAAUGAGUGGGAAAAUUCAGUGCUUUCGAAAAGUGCCAAGGGCAAGAACAUAGAGCAAAUUGUUUUAAAUAGCAGUUUUUGGGAAAGUGGAACAAAGGUUUUGAGUAUAUGUGAGCCAAUUGUUGAUGUGCUUCGCAUGGUUGAUGGUGACAAACCUUGCCUUGGCAUGCUUUAUGAAAGCAUGGAUCGUUGUAAGGAAGCUAUUCAGAGAGCACUAAAUAAUGUAGAUGCAGAGUACAUGGAGAUAUGGGCAGCAGUUGAUUCUAGAUGGAAAAUGAUGCACACACCUUUACAUGCAGCAGCUUGUUAUUUGGAGCCUAAGCUAUUUCAUAUUGAUCGACAAGCUGAUUUUGAAAUUAUGGCAGGGUUUUAUGAAGCCAUUAGCAAAUUUGAACUAGAUCCAGCAAUUGCAAGUCUAAUCAGAGACCAAAGUUGGCUAUACAAGAGAGCAGAAGGGUUGUUUGGAGUAGCAGGAGCCGAAUAUGAUAUGAAAUGA